AGUGUCUCCUGACUACGAUACUCUUUUUUUCAAUCGUCACCACUCUCCAUUUUGGAAAAAAAGGAAAGGAAAGAAUCUGUCGAUGAGAGGGGCGUGAGGAGGGAAACCAUUACUUAAAAGGGAGAAAGAAAAGUCUGUGAAAGAAAGCAGUUUUGUAUGUUUUGAACACACUCUUCGUUUGAUAGAAUGGGAAACUGCCAUACCGUGGGACCGAACGAGGCCCUUGUAGUUUCAGGUGGCUGCUGUGGUUCAGAUCAAAAAACGUAUGUCGUGGGAGGCUGGGCUUGGGCAUGGUGGCUCAUCUCUGACAUCCAAAGAAUGUCUCUGGAGGUUAUGACCAUCCUCUGUCGCUGUGAGAAUAUCGAAACCUCGGAGGGUGUUCCCCUGGCUGUGACAGGGGUGGCUCAGGUGAAGGUGAUGACAGAGCGUGAACUGCUGGGCUAUGCCUGUGAACAGUUCCUGGGAAAGACAGUGGUGGAGAUCAAGAGCGUCAUCCUGCAGACGCUGGAGGGUCACCUGCGUGCCAUCCUUGGUACCCUCACGGUCGAGCAGAUUUACCAAGACAGAGAUAAAUUUGCCUCCCUGGUACGAGAGGUGGCUGCUCCAGAUGUCGGACGCAUGGGAAUCGAGAUCCUCAGCUUCACCAUCAAGGACGUUUAUGACAAAGUGGAGUACCUGAGCUCUCUGGGUAAAACUCAGACAGCCGCCGUUCAGCGAGAUGCUGACAUCGGAGUGGCAGAGGCAGAGAGGGAUGCUGGGAUCAGGGAAGCGGAGUGCAAAAAGGAAAUGAUGGAUGUGAAGUUUGUUGCUGACACAAAAAUGGCAGACUCCAAAAGAGAGCUGGAAAUGCAGAAAGCCUCCUUCAAUCAAGAAGUGAACACGAAGAAAGCAGAGGCUCAGCUGGCCUUUGAGCUGCAGGCGGCGAAGGAGCAGCAGAAGAUCCGCCUGGAAGAGAUCGAAAUCGAAGUGGUACAGAGGAAAAAACAGAUCACCAUUGAAGAGAAGGAAAUCGACCGCACUGAGAAAGAGCUUAUCGCCACGGUGAAAAGACCUGCGGAGGCCGAGGCCUACAAGAUGGAGCAGCUGGCUGAGGGCCACAAAAUGAAGAAAGUGCUGACGGCUCAGGCAGAGGCCGAGAAGAUCCGCCGCAUCGGUGAGGCCGAGGCCACCUCCAUCGAAGCUGUGGGGAAAGCCGAGGCCGAGAAGAUGCGGCUGAAAGCUGAGGCUUACCAACAAUACGGUGACGCUGCCAAGACUGCUCUGGUCCUCGAGGCCCUACCCAAGAUUGCUGGGAAGGUGGCUGCUCCGCUGUCCAAGACGAAUGAGAUCGUCAUCUUGAGUGGGGAGGGCAGCCGCGUCACUGGAGAGGUCAACCGCCUGCUGGCUGAGCUCCCCGUUUCUGUCAACGCGCUCACCGGGGUCGAUCUGACCAAGAUCCCUCUGCUCCAGAAGAUCACCGGCCCUCAAUGCCAAGCUGCCAUCUGAUGAAGACCCGCUGGACAGAACCUUUUACUGUUUAUCUGCCUCAGUCAUGAAAACAUAUUUUUUAGCAAAAGACCCCUUAUGCAGCUGCAUUUGACAGGAAACAUUUCACACUUAGUGGUUGUUUUAUUUUGAAAUUGUUUUAGGGAGUUUUUAUUUUCCUCAGGAAAAUAAAGGCCGCUAGCGUGUUGUUUCUGUGCAGUGAAGUUCCUCCUGUUGUGUGCUGACGUUGUUGAGCCGUACAGGUCAUCUGAAGGCCAGUUUAACGGUUGUUUGGGAGAAAGAAGAAAUGUUUCGGCCGGGUGAACUUCCUUCUGGACUCUGGAGGAGGCCGUUUGGUGUUGGGUGUGCAGUUAGAAGCUCCGUGUUCGUUUCUUGAGGCUCAGUGAGGUCGCUCGCAGCUCCCUGGACUCCUUUCCUCCUCGCUUUCAGACUGUAGGCAAAGCUGUCUCCAGAUCUUUAUAGACAUCCUUGUGAUUGAAAAGAAAGUUUUAUAGUUUAUCAAAGUAUAAAUAUUUGAAUCACUUCUUGUAAGAUAAUCUUACCUCACAGUAAACUGUCUUGUUACCUGUCUUCUCAUUCUGAAGUGCAGUGCCUAUUAACCACUCAAGUGCUCAAACCUUUGUAAUGGUUUGGCUUUAUUUUUUUUUUGUUUUUUUAAUUCCCCGCUUGCUCUCAGUAGAUCUGCUUAUACUAACCUUAGUGUUGACUCAGCUCUUUUGUUGUGUGUUGUACACAUAAAGCAAACACAAAGCCAUAUGCAGCCUUAACAGAGACCCUGAUGGCGCUUUAGUUCCUCCUGCAUGUUGGUCUCUCAGGCUCUGACUUCAGUCCGUGUUCCGCCCCUCAAUUACCUUUUUUCUUCUUACACAUUGAAAUGGUUCAUUUUCACUUUUGAAGAUGUUGGAUUUACGGUAUGUUGUAACAGUAGAAGUAGUUUGGGAGAAAAACGUCCAUCGUUGGGAAAACAAAAAUGUAAAGAAAGCCUUUAAGGUUUGAUUUUCACACAGCACUUUUAGUGAAAUAUUGAUAUACCACUACUGUGUGAAUUUGUUGGAAUCAGAAGCAGCCAAUGAAAUGACCACUAGAGGGCAGAGUUUCUACAGGAUUUUCAUGAGCCUAUUUUAAACCCAUCCAUCUUCCUUGACCAGAUGACUGAAAACUGUUGACUUGCUGUGUAAAUGUAGAUUAUUUCUUCUUUUUAGUGAGGCCAUUUUUCUUAUCUUAAAACCAAAAGACACUCAAGACUUGUUUGUAGCCGGUUUGUUUACAUUUUUGCUCCCUUCUGUUUUAGACACGAUCUUCAUUUAGCUGUUUGUGAUGGGAUUUUUUUCUUUUUUUUUAUUAAAAAAUGUGUGAGUUGAUCAGGAACGUGCCAUUUACACCAACAGAGAUCACCUGAUAACCAUAAAUAUAUGCGACCUGCACGUCUUUCUACUGACGAAAGACACUUUUUUUUUUCUCUCUUUCUUUACAUGAUUGUUGCACCACAUCAAAACUGAACUCCAGAUUCUCAGACGACCAAGACUCUUCUUCUUUAUUUUAGGGAAAAAAGUGUUGCAUGUGACUUGUUGCUGCUGAAAGCUCACACAUAAACUACCUUCUUCGUUUCAAAUGUUAGCAUUUGUUUUGGUCGAUUUGUGCAGAAAGCUUUUUUUUCUUUUAAUACAUGCAAACGUGUGCAUUUUCACUGACCAAAGUGAUUGACAACCGUACAUACUAUGUUUUUCCUGACCCUCAUUUGAAGAAUGUGGUCCAUUCCAGCCAAACACAACCCCGUUUUAGUUCAGUAAAAGUCCUCCUGUGCUUUAGGUCGCCCUUCCUUUCAAACACAUAUUGGAUUAUACACUUUUAUAUACAAUUAUGUAAGGGGUUGUACGCUUCUUAUCGCCUCGUCUGUUUUCUUUGCCAUCAGCUUUGUGCUCAAGAGAACCUGCGUUUGCUUUAGAUAAUCAGAACUGAAGUAACUUCUGUUUCCUUCUUGUAGCAUGUGGGAAAAAUGACCAAACAUAUUACACCUAUGCCUUAACUUUCAUCUACGUCCUUCUGUUGUUGAAAUGUCUGUUUGACGUCUUGUUGGGACUUUGCUUCCCCUCAUGUUACACUGAAUUCUGGAGACAUGAACCAGCAUGUCUGUUUCAGCAUGUGCCCAUGGUGUUCUGUGUAUUCCGCACCACCCUCUAAUAAAUGAUAUAUAUCACCAAC